CCGGAACCAUUCUGCUGUGCUUUCUGCCCGGAGGGAUCCAAGUGGAAACCGGAAGUGCCUUGCGCGGAGGUUCCGGGUUCCCUGGGCUACAACGAUGGCGAUGAGUUUCGAAUGGCCCUGGCAAUAUCGCUUCCCGCCCUUCUUUACGUUGCAGCCGAACAUGGACACGCGGCAGAAACAGCUGGCCGCGUGGUGCUCUCUGGUGCUGUCCUUCUGCCGCCUGCACAAGCAGGCCAGCAUGACGGUGAUGGAGGCGCAGGAGAGCCCGCUCUUCAACAACGUCAAACUGCAGCGGAAGCUUCCUGUGGAAUCCAUCCAGAUUGUGUUAGAAGAACUGAGGAAAAAAGGGAACCUCGAGUGGCUGGAUAAGAACAAGUCUAGCUUCCUGAUCAUGUGGCGGAGGCCGGAAGAAUGGGGGAAACUCAUCUACCAGUGGGUUUCCAAGAGUGGCCAGAACAACUCCGUGUUCACCCUGUAUGAACUGACCAAUGGGGAAGACACAGAGGAUGAGGAAUUCCAUGGGCUGGAUGAGGCGACCCUCCUGCGGGCUCUGCAGGCCCUCCAGCAGGAACACAAGGCCGAGAUUAUCUCCAUCAACGACGGCCGAGGCGUCAAGUUCUUCUAGCUGACACCUGCUGCCCUUCACUUCCUACCUCCCGCCUUCCCAGGGCUUCCCAACGGAGGCAGGCCCAGGAUCCCUGCAGCCUGGAUCUGUCACGCCACCAGACUCAACAAGGGCUCCAGUCCUGAAGCCUGGGACCCAGGGAUGGGUUUCUCACAUAUCUAUGUCUGUCUGUCUGUCCCCUGGGUAGGAUCAGCCGAGAUGCCAAUGAGAAAAGAUUUGCUUUUGUUUGCCCUACCUCCUCCCCCAUCCCAGACUGCCCCUGAGCCAGGGCUGGGAAACCUAACACUUCACACGUGCUCACACACCUGAGCAUAGAUGUGUGUAUACACACACACACACACACCUGCUCAAGCUUCUGGCUCUCCUCCUCCCCCCUUAGCUGCUGUGGCCUCCUGUGUCUGGCUGGUGCUGGAUCCUCCUUGGGGAUGGCGGAAGCUCUGGCUGCAGGCAGCCUCCAGGCUUUGCGAAGGCCGGAGGGCCCAGGAGCAGACUUGGCUGUGAGAGGCAGGGCCUGACACUGAUUUAUGAUAUUAAAAUCUCAGCUCCC